AUGCUUCUUGUUUUCCUUCUUGUUCUAGGCGUGGUUGCAUCCUCUGACCUGCCUUGUACGCUUCUCAAUGCGCGAGUUCGACGAGAAUGGAGCUCGUUGACACGGCUUGAACGACGAGACUACAUCGAUGCGCUGUUCUGUCUACGGUCCCUCCCCUCGAUUCUCCCAAAUGAUCAAUACCCCGGAGUCCAGGAUCGGUUCGACGACUUUGUAGCAACACAUAUCAACUACACCUCGCACAUCCACAACAACGGCCUCUUCCUCCCCUGGCAUCGUCACUACCUGCACCUCUUCGAGAACACCCUCCGCACUGAAUGCGCCUACAACGGCACCAUCCCCUACUGGAACUGGCCCCUCCACCCCAACCUCACCGUCUCCCCCCUCUUCGACAACUCCCCCGCCUCACUCUCCGGCGACGGCACCUACAAACCAGACGAGCGCAUUCUCUGCGACGAGCAGGUAGGCUGCAUCGGCCGAGGUACCGGCGGCGGCUGCGUAACAGCCGGACCCUUCACCUUCCCCUCCUGGAAAGCAAACAUGGGCCCACUGAACCUCCACGACCUGGACGAGCUGUACCGCCCGCUUGAUCCGUCCGCGUUUAGAUACAACCCGCGCUGUCUGAUGCGCAGUUUUAACGCUGCUCCGCUGCACCGGUUUGCCGGCCCCGACGCCGUGCAGCGCAUGCUCGCGGCGCAAACGAUCCGAGACUUUCUAGCGGUACUGGACCCGAGCAUCGCGGGCCGGUUGGGCGCGCAUGCCGCGGUCCAUGUAGCGCUUGGGCCAACGAUGGGUGAUGUGUUUUCGUCGGUGCAGGACCCGGCGUUCUUUCUGCAUCAUGCGAUGGUGGAUCGGGUGUGGGGGAUGUGGCAAGAUGCAGGGCCGGAGCGACGGUAUGCGCUGAAUGGGACGGCGUGGAUGUUUGAUCCGCCGUGGGCGCCGAAUGUGACUGUCGACACGGUAGUGGAGUUUGGAGUGCUCGGAGGGCCGAGAAAAAUUGCAGAGCUGAUGGAUCCAUUGGGGGGGGAGCAUUGCUAUACCUACUCGUGA